GGGAUCAUACCGCAGCCAUGGACGUGCGCCUGGCGCUGCUGCUGGCCCUGCUCUCGGGCACCGCGCCGACGGGCCAGUGCCUGGAAGGAGGGAGUGUGUCCAAGGAGACCCUGGCGGACGAGCCCAACGGCUACCUAAAGAGACUCUCCGACUUUCUGCAGGAGAGUGAGGAUCGCGCCCCUCGGUCCCUCUCCGCUGAGCGCCUGCCGAGCACCCUGCUUCGCUCUCUGUUCUUCGCCCUGCAGCGACCCGGCCGCAGCCCCUCCUUCCUGUUCCAGCCCCAAAGGUUUGGCCGCGAGACCCAGGGGAGCUGGGGCAGCGAGGGCCGGCUCAGCCAGCGCGGCUGGGACUCCAUGGCCCCCCAGUUCUGGAGCAUGGCCGUGCCCCAGCGCUUCGGGAAGAAGUGACUCCGAGGGGCUGCUUGGCUCCAGCACCCGCCGGCCCGGAUCAAAGCCCCCCCAUCCGUGAGCAGACUGGGCUGG